AUGUCUUGUCCUCAAAAAUACGUUGGUGCUAAAAUAGCUGUUCCAUCCUAUGUCAAAAACAGCGAGUUUUUUGCUAAUAAUUGUGUUAACAAGUGGUCUUUCAAAGACUAUUUAAACACUUGCACUGAGUUAGAAAAUCCAUCGCUAAAAGAUAUUAAAGCCAAAAGACAAGAGUAUAUCAAUAGCUUGAAAUCUCUUAAGAAAAAUGUUAACUUGGAUUCUGACAUUCUAUCUUUUAUAAACGAUUUGGCUAAAGCAAAGGAUUCGGAUUUGAAUCUUAUAUCCAUACUUCGUGAACUUGCCACAGCCCCUAAAAUAAAUAUUAUCAACUCAACAGUAACCAAUUCUAAUGUUAUCGCCCUUAGAGGGAAUGUCUAUGAGAAUAAGGGAAAGCGAAAGUUAGACGAAGAACAAGAUGAGAACUUCGUGUCUAUACUUAAAAACAAGAAAAGCUAUUGCUUUAUAAAACCUAAGACACCAGAAAUACACUAUAAUAUCAAUAGUCCUUCAUUCACAGAACUUGAAAAAGAAAUGAUUGACGAUGUUGUAUUCAUUAAGCUCGACGACACCUCCUUGUGUAAUAAUGAAGAAAUUGCACAAGAAUAUAAGAAUAACAAAACUGAGCAACAGCAAAACCAUUUUAUGGUGCAACUGCCAGUUGCAAUGAAGUUUUUAGAGGGUGCAUUAGAUCAACAACUUAAUCAACUACUCUUCUGGAUGGGAAGCAAUGGAUUUAAUUCCAGUCAGUCCGAAGACGAAAAAAAAGCAAUACUAUUUAUUCGUUUAGUAUUGAAUGAUUUUUAUGCUAAUUGCAUAAAACCUGUAGUCAAUAAUGUCUUGAAUGAACGUACGCCCUUUGUCGAAUAUGUGAAGGGUGUAGAGACAAAUAAGUUUGUCUCCUUGUACCACAAAGAAACAAAUGGAAGAAGACGUUUUGCUGACGGUAUCGGGUAUAUCGUGGAUGAUCAUUCUGAAGCGUUACUGAUUGAGUCAUCUGGUGAAGAAGACACCAGCCAUGCUAAAGAGGACACGUUAAAGCUGUUGGAAUGCAGCAUUCGUGCUUUGAAGAUGGAGAUGGAGAAGUUGAAAUUUGCCUCUCUGAAUACCUUCAAGGCGAGAAGGUUUUACACGAUGUUGUACUCAAAAGAUAAACUAACAAUGUUGAGUACUUCUCUUGUUGAUUCCAGUCGUUGGGGUUUCACCUUCGUCAGAGAGGCAACUUUUCCAAGAACAUGGAAUAAAAGACACGGAUGGCUCUCAGUAUUUGAAUUAGUCUUGUGUCUGAAUGACAAGCUGAAGAAGCAGCAAGAAGUAUCGCUUUUGCUGUUAAAAGAGCAUAAUGGCUGGGUGAAGGUUGAAGAUGGUGAUGCUAUUAAUGAUUUUAAUAGAUAA